ACAGAGCUCUGACUACCUCUGCCUCGCAAGUGCUAUACAAAGAUCAUGGAAAACACCCAGGUUAUUAACUGGGAUGCUGACGAAGAGGAGGAGACAGAAGUAUCCAGUGGGUCCUUGGGGUAUAGCUUGGAGCCUAUAGGGCGGCUACGUCUCUUCAGUAGUGCUCAUGGACCAGAAAGAGAUUUCCCACUCUACCUUGGCAAGAAUGUAAUUGGCCGAAGCCCUGACUGCUCUGUGGCCCUGCCUUUUCCGUCCAUCUCUAAACAGCAUGCAGUGAUUGAAAUCUCAGCUUGCAACAAAGCUCCUAUCCUCCAGGAUUGUGGGAGCCUCAAUGGCACUCAGCUCAUAAAGCCCCCUAAGGUCCUGACCCCUGGAGUAAGCCAUCGUCUGAGGGACUGGGAAUUAAUUCUGUUUGCAGACUUUCCCUGCCAAUACCAUCGCUUGGAUGUCCCUCCACCUUUGGUCUCUCGGGGACUUCUGACUAUAGAGAAGACUCCCAGAAUACAGGGAGGAUCCCAAACCUCUAGAGUUUUGUUGGCUGAGGAUUCAGAGGAGGAAAUGGAUUUUCUGUCAGAUAGGUGUGUGGCAAAUGGAUCAAGGAAUACAACAUCCCCCUCAGCAACAGUAGUUCCAGAAAGUGAUGAGGAGGGGUCUUCCCCAGCCCCGAGUGUCCCCGGCCCGUCUCUGCCCUUGGACUUGGGCAGUGACACAGAUGAAGAACAAGGUCAGCAACCGGCAGUCGGGGGGUCCUCUUCCGCUGCCAGGAAUGGCAUCCAGCUGGUACAGGCUCAGCCUGCUGAGCAGAAGUUCAAGGACCCAAAAGUCACGAGUGGAGCAGGUAGUGGAGCGGCUCUGGCUGGGCCGGUUGUGGAGAAGAGCCCCACUCCUGGGGAGGACAGUGAUACAGAUAUGGAGGAAGAGAGGAUCCCUGUGACCCCACCUGUAGUUCCUGGGAAGAAGAAGCAGCAGCAGCAGCGAGUCCUGCUUGGAGUUGGUACAAAGGAUCCUGGAGCACCUGAAGCGGCACAACUGCAGGACAGCCCAGCUGGUAGUGACACAGAUGUGGAGGAGGGCAAGGUGUCACUGGCCGUCCCUCAAGAGAGAAACCACACAUCCAUGGUGAUCGACAGCGAUACAGAUGAGGAGGAUGAAGUCUCCGCAGCAUUCACCUUGGCCCAUCUGAAAGAGAGAGGAAUUACUUUGUGGAGCAGAGACCCAGGCUUGGAAGAGGUCAAGUCCCAACCACAGGUCCUUGUAGAACGAAGCCAGAGUGCCUCCGGGAGAGACAGUGACACUGACAUGGAGGAGGGAAAGAGAGAGGUGGUCCCUGACAGCCCCAUGGACCUAGAAGAAGCUCCUACUGUCACCCAUUCAGAGAGCCAGCCUCCCCACAGACCUGGUGAUGUAGAUGAGGAUGUGGAUAUGAGUUCCCCUGGUGGCCGUCUAGAGGGAAAUCAGGCCUCCUCUGCCACAGUAGACAACAAUGGUGCACAAGAGGAGGAGGAAAUCCCGACAGAGCCAGCUGUUACCCUGGGGGAGAAGCACCAGCUGCCUCCAGAGGAGGACUGGGAAACAGCUGUGGAGGAAGGAUCAUCUUCAGCAGUGGCAGAUGUAAGAAAGAGCCAGCAGCCAGUAGCAGAAGAUACUGGGACAGAGUCGGCUGCAGCUGGUUCUGAGCAGGAGAGCACUCUGGAGGUGGGGGCCCAAAGCAGGCCACCUGCUACACCGGUGGAGCAGGUGAUGGUGUGUACAGGUACUCCAGGGGGUCCCACCCAGCCAGAGAGGGAGGAAGCCCAGACCCCCACAGGAACGGAGAAAGGAGCACAAAUGGACAGGACCCAGAAUGCCAAAGGCUGUUGUGAUGAAUCUGAAGAUCUGUGCCUUCCAGCUACCCAGUGCUUUGUAAAAAGGGAGAGCCAGAGCUCAGAAGCUGUCCAGAGUUUGGAAGAUGAGCCUACCCAGGUCUUCUCAUGUAUUCUUCCCCAAGAGCCUGGACCUUCCCAUGUUAGUCUUCAGACUCCAGGUCCUGGUGCCCUGGAUGUGCCUUGGGAAGUCUUGGCUACACAGCCGUUUUGUCUGAGAGAACCUGAGGCCUCUGAACCCCGGCUCAUUGCCACCCACCUCAAAGCUGAGGGAUCCAGUCCAUCUCCAACUAGUGCACCACCAGGACACCAGCAUCUGGUUCCCAAGGAGCAUUUGGGACUUGAAGGCAGAGAGAUACAGACUGUGGAGAAAGCCAUGGGUAUACCAAAGGAAACAGCAGACAGGGUGACCUCUGAGAGAGAGCCGCUGGAAAGGACACCAAACAGUGGGAGAGAAGACGUGAUAGAGGAAGAAGAGCUAACUCAGGGGCAAGAGGACAGAGAGCCCAGAAAGGUGUUAGCUAGAGACAGACAGGGACAAGAGUCUGGCAAGGUGAAGGGUAGGGAUCGUGAAGGGAGUGGAGAGAGUUCGAAGGUAGAAACGGAGAUGUCCAAAGACACACAGAAGAGAGAGAGAGAAGUAGGGAACCCUGAACCAGAGAGCGAGUGGGAGCCUGCUGGUUUAGAAGUGACCCUUGAUAGAAGGUCAACAGAGGGAGGAAGCCAUGAUCAGACAGAGCAGAUUGCUGAUUUAGGCAUGGGGGACCUUGAACUUGCAUCAGCCCUGGUAGUCUCUGGGAGCCGGGGAGAUGGAGGAAAGGGAGACCCUGUGAGCCCCGGGAGGCAGCAGAGAGGCCACUUGAGUUUCGAGAUGGCAUCUGCUGAAAAGGCUUCCAAGGGUGAUCCAGAACCCCCAGCCCAUUGCCUGCUUUCUUCGGUGCCUGAAGCUUCAGCUCCACCUCAAAGUCUCCUCACCUCUCAGAGCCAAAAGCAAUCUACACCUCAGCCUCUGUUUUUGAUGUCUUCCCCUUCUGAGAUACAGCUUCCUGGGACUCUUCAUACAAAGCCUAAUGUCAGGCCACGGCGGUCUUCCAGGAUGACUCCCUCCCCACAUUCCUCUGCUGCCCCUAGACCAGCAUCUCGAACCACUCGGGGCAGGGCAAAUAGGUCCUCCACCAGGACCCCAGAACCGACUGUCCCUACAGACUCCGAACUCCAGCCUCCCACCUCCACAGCACAGCCUGUCAUCCCCAAACCCCCCUCUCAGGGCACUCAGGGCAGCACAAACAGUUCCUUUGUUAACACACCGGAACCAGUUGUUCUCACAGGUCCCGAAAUCCAGCCACCCACCUCCACAGAACAGCCUGUUAACCCAAAUUCCACACCUCGGGCUACUCGGAGCAGGCCAAGUAGGUCUUCCAUCAGGACCCCAGAACCACUUAUUCCCAUUGGCUCUGAACUCCAGCCUCUCACCUCCACAGAACAACCUGUCAUACCUAAACCCACAUCUCCGGCCACUCGGGGCAGGCCACGUAAGUCUUCUGUCAGGACCCCAGAGCCAGUUGUCCCCACUGGCCAUGAACUCCAGCCACCCACCUCCACAGAACAGCCUGUCACCCCUAACCUCACAUCUCAGUCCUCUCGGGGCAGGCCACGUAAGUCUUCUGUCAGGACCCCAGAACCAAUUGUCCCCACUGGCCCUGAACUCCAGCCACCCACCUCCACAGAACAGUCUGUCACCCCUGAGCCCUCAUCUCAGGGCAGGACACAUAGGUCUUCCGUCAGAACUCCUGAGGCAAGCAUUCCCACAACCUCUGAACUCCAGUCAUUCACCUCUAGAGAACAGCCUGCUCACAAGCCCACAGCUCUGAGCACUCGGGGAAGGAGGUGUAAGGCCUCCAAUGAGGGUUCUGAAUCAGUUGGACCAGUAGCCCCUGAUUUUGGGCCUCCCAUCUCCAAAGACCAUCUUGUUACCCCUGAGGUGACAGGUCAGAGCAUGACACUCAAGUCUUCACCACUAAGUGCUCCCCCAGGGUCCACUACCCCUAAACUCCAGCCUCCUGUCCCCACAGCCCAGCCUGUUCCCCUGGAGCCUAUUCCUCAAGCUAGUCACCGAAGGAGGCGGAAGGCUGCUGGGAAACAGGGCUCCCGCACAGUUCCCAUUGGCCACGAGCCUUACUCGGCACCCUCUGAACCUGAGUCCCAAUCUUCAACCGGCCAAGGCUCAGGGGCAUUAGAAACAGCUGAGUCGAUUACAAUCACUCCUGAGCCCGCUGUUCCCCAGGUUCCGGAGACCCCCACUCACAGUCCUCUGAUGCAAAAUGAAGCAGCUGGGAGACCAGGGCCCAUCCCCAAGCCCCCGCCUGAGGCUUCUCGAGUCCGCAAGAAGCCUUCCACUACCACAGACUCACCAGUUCAAAAACGUUCCCGAAGACAAGUUCCCCAGAAGACCACAGAACCCAAGGAAGAAGAUCUUGUGGAAACUCAAGUGAAGGAAGAGUCUCAGGAGAGAGCAAUUCCAACACCAGACAAGAGAAAGAGGCACCGUGCAGAAGACGAGACCCAAGGAAACCCAAGUCGAAGCCGGCGGGCUAAGCCUAACCAAGAAGCGGCAGCCCCCAAGGUACUGUUCACAGGCGUCGUGGAUUCUCGUGGGGAGCGUGCAGUCCUGGCUCUGGGAGGCAGUCUGGCCAGCUCAGUAAAUGAGGCCUCCCACUUGGUCACUGAUCGCAUCCGCAGGACAGUCAAGUUCUUGUGUGCCCUGGGGAAAGGGAUCCCCAUCCUCUCCCUGAACUGGCUGUAUCAGUCCAGAAAGGCAGGUUGCUUCUUGCCGCCGGAUGACUACUUGGUGACUGAUCCUGAACAAGAGAAGAAUUUUAGCUUCAGCCUUCGGGAUGCCCUGAGCCGGGCUCGGGAGCGAAGACUGCUGGAGGGCUACGAGAUCCAUGUGACCCCUGGAGUGCAGCCACCCCCACCUCAGAUGGGAGAGAUCAUCAGCUGCUGUGGAGGCACAAUCCUGCCCAGCAUGCCCCAUUCCUAUAAGCCUCAUCGAGUUGUCAUAACUUGCACUGAAGACCUUCCUCGAUGUGCUGUUCCAUCUCGUCUGGGACUACCUCUCCUCUCCUCUGAGUUCCUCCUGACGGGAGUGCUGAAGCAGGAAGCCACCCCAGAGGCCUUUGUCCUCUCCAAUCUGGAAAUGUCAUCUACCUAAAAAGGAAAAAAAAAAUCUACCAGCUAACACUCGUAGAAAAAGGAACACACACACACACACACACACACACACA